AUGUCCGAUCCUCUACUCGUCCAGCGCUCCUCCUCUGAGCAUUCGUCGAUACGAACAGGCGAGGCUGACGCUCUCUUAACUGGUGAACGGACGUACCGCGAUGAAGAAAGGAGUCGCUCCUCCAUAUGGCGUGAGCUUGGGCUCUUUGCCUGGGCUCUCUUCGCUACCGUCACUGUCAUCAUCCUCGCAGUUCUCUACCAACACCAAGUACAAAAGAACGCAUCAGGCCCAGGGAAAUUGGGCCCUGGAGAGAAGCCUACGGGGAAGAGGAAUCUGAUAUUCAUGGUAUCUGAUGGGAUGGGCCCGGCAAGUUUAUCGCUGACUCGAAAUUUCCGACAAUUCGAGAGCCACCUGCCUGUCGAUGAUAUCCUCGUCCUAGAUAAGCACCAUAUCGGAACCUCGAGAACUAGAUCCUCAUCUAGCUUAAUUACCGACUCUGCGGCUGGCGCAACUGCAUUUUCCUGUGCGAAGAAGAGCUAUAAUGGCGCCAUCUCUGUUCUUCCGGAUCAUACUCCGUGUGGUACGGUUCUUGAGGCCGCAAAACAAGCUGGUUAUAUGACUGGUCUAGUCGUAACAACUCGAAUUACUGACGCUACACCAGCUUGCUUUGCUUCUCAUGCUAACAUGCGGUCCUACGAAGAUCUUAUUGCCUUGCAUGAGAUUGGAGAAUAUCCUCUUGGUCGAAUGGUUGACCUAAUGAUUGGGGGUGGACGUUGUCAUUUCUUGGCAAAUUCCACCAAGGGGAGCUGCCGUGCAGAUGACAUAGACGUGGUGAAGCUAGCUAAAGCUAAGGGAUUCUCAUAUAUCGAUGAUUGGAUGGGAUUUGACCAUCUUAAAAUGGGCGAAAAUGUUGAUCUCCCGCUUCUUGGCCUUCUGGCACCAAAGGACAUUCCCUAUGAAAUAGACCGCCGCCUGCUGAACAAUGUGUACCCAUCUCUAGAGGAGAUGACACGUAUGGCUCUAAAGGCACUAAGCAAAGCUACCGAAGAUAGCGACAAAGGUUUCUUCAUCAUGAUAGAGGGUUCAAGGAUAGACCAUGCAGGCCAUGGAAAUGAUCCAGCAGCCCAAGUCCACGAAGUUCUCGCUUAUGAUAAAGCGUUCUCCGCAGUUCUGGAGUUUCUUAAGAAAGAUUCUACCCCCGGAAUCCUCGUUGCCACGUCAGACCACGAGACUGGCGGGUUGUCUAUCGCUAGACAACUCCACCCCUCUCAGUAUCCAACAUAUCUCUGGUAUCCUGGAGUGCUCGCAAACGCCAGCCAUUCCUCUGAGUUUCUUAGGAAUACCUUAAAUGCCUAUCUCGACGGCACUGGCAAAGGUGCAAGCGGCCCAGAGCGUCAAGAAUAUGUCCGCAAAAAGCUGCUGGCUGAUGGAUUAGGCAUCCAUGACGCAACGGACUUAGAGGUUGAUAAACUGAUAAGCGGUGGUGGUGCUUAUGCUUUUGCAGACAUGAUUAGUCGACGAGCCCAAAUUGGCUGGUCCACGCAUGGACAUUCUGCUGUCGAUGUGAACAUCUACGCCUCCUCUCCUAACGAUGCCCUCUCCCUAAUGGGGAACCAUGAAAAUACUGAAAUUGGCUCAUUCCUCGCGGACUAUCUCAAUAUUGACCUGGAGAGCGUUACCAAGCAGCUGCAAACCACACGUUCGUUUUCAUAUGACACCGAUGAUGGCAGUGUUAAGCCAUAUGCUUGGAUGGGCCCACCACUCGACGAUGGCGUAGUCGUUGAUAAACUCGACACUUACCAUGGCGAUUUCAAACGAAAGAAGCGUGAUGGACUUCGUCAAUCCUAUUGUUCUUGA